CGACGCCCUUCUUCCUUCUUCGACGACAACGACCAGUCACCACAUCAACAAGCUUAAGGCGAGUCACAUAUAGUCAUUGACAUUCUUUUCUCAUGAACAGGAACAACUUUUCUAUUACCAGGGAACUCCCCGUCAACGAUCACACUGUUCUGUCUCCGGUCGAUGAUCACCUCUCCCAACAAAAGCGACGUGAACUCUCGGGAAGUCAUCCCACCGAAAGAUGAUGAUGGAAAAGAGGUUUCCCAACCGGUGAAAGCAACCAUUGCUUUCGCCCUAGUCAUCUUCAUCCUCUUCCUCGUGGCCCUCUACCUUUUCCGGAAAUCUGAGUUGGUGAAAAAGAUCAUGAGCUUCCUUCCUUGCCGUGGAAGCGGUGAUCGCGACUCGGAACCACCAGCGACGCCGAUGACUUCUUUCAAUUUCAGCACUCAAACCGAAGCGAACAAGUUGGCUGUCCCCCCUCCGGAUCCUGCGUAUAGCAAGUCACGCCAUGCUCGUUCACUCUCCUCCUCUUCCUCCAUCACCAUUCUCUGAGUGCGGGGGUUCGACGCAUGCACAUGUGUUAGUUACCCCAGGAAACACAGCCUCUGUGAUAUUUCCGGGAUUUCGGAUGGAAAGACCGUUGCUGUGCUCCAGUUCUGAUGUUUCGAAGUUUCGUUCGUUCCCUUUUUGACUGUCCAUUCCUCUUCACCUAUUCCCCUGUCGACCGUGUCCUACAUAGUGCUUUGUAUUCCCUUUCCACUUUCCCAAUGUACCAAUACCCCCCGCAACGUCAAGAUUAUACAUAUACUCUUCCCACAUAAUUACACUUCAAGUGCACUGCAGUUCAUUAUCUUUAGUUUAUGCCUCACAUUUUCACAGGCCGUAUCGAUAUCGUACAAUGUCAACAGCUUUUAAACCGC